GCGAACUUAUGUGUUCCACACCAAUAGGGGUUUCAGCUACCCCACCACGAAACGUCAUCAUCUGCAUGAUUCCCCUCCUUGAAAUCCAGCGCCGAUGAUCCAAAUUUCAGGGUUACAAAAUAUAUCAAGCUCCUCUGCUCUGCGUACUUUAACAAUCUGUUUCUUUCAUCAUCAUACUAUACCAAAAACACUGCGAGAUCUAACACUUCACAAGAAAUUCUUUUAUAAAACUCACAACAUUUUUCAAAUAAACAAGACUUGAAUCAAACAACAGCAAUCAUGUCUGGCUACGGAAACGAAGGCUACGGAGGCCAACAAGGCGGAGGAUACGGAGGUCAACAAAGCGGAGGAUACGGAGGUGAAGAGAGAAGAGAACACGGCCGCAGAGAUGAGGAGGGCUAUGGUGGACAGCAGGGUGGUGGAUAUGGUGGAGAGGGAAGACAAGGCGGCGGAUAUGGCGGUGAGGAGAGAAGAGAAGGUCACCAAGGGGGACCAGGAGGAGCAUUCGGUGGCGGAAACUUUAACGAAGAGCGUCGUCAAGGAGGUGGAGAAUCCCAAGGUUAUUACGGAGGUGGUGGUCAAGGAGGACAAGAUGAAAUUCGUCAUGGCGGUCGUGAUGAGAGAUACGGAGGAGGAGGAAACAACUCAUACGGAGGCGGUGGAGGAUAUGGUGCCGAUGAUGAGGAUUUGAAGGGCGCAGCCCAUCAUGCUCAAGAACAUGCCGGUGAUUCUGGAGACUCAAGCUUGUUCUCUAGCGUUUUGGGUUAUUUGGGCCAGAACAAACACAAUAUCGGUAAUCAAGAUGUUGAUGAAGAAGAAGCUGUAAACUCCCACAAACAAUACUAUGGCGGUGGUGGCUCUUCUGGCGGUUCUUCAGGAUCUUCAUCUAGCAUGGGCAGUGCCGCCGCUAUGCAAGCACUCAAGAUGUUCAACGGUGGUUCAUCCGGAAACUCCUCGUCCGGAAACUCUCAAAACGCUUUCGUUGGAAUGGCAAUGGCACAAGCCAGUAAAUUGUUCGAUCAACAAAGUAGUCAGGGAAAUGUCUCUUCAGGUUCUUCCAAGGAGAGCGUUGUUCAGCAAGCUGGUGAAAUGGCUCUUAAGAUGUACAUGAAGAGUCAGGUUGGUGGAAGCUCUAGUGGAAGCUCGAGUGGUAUGAGUGGAUUGAUGGGGUUGGCAAGUAAAUUCAUGUAGGGGAAUUGUUUACAUGAAUGGAUGGUUAGGUGCUAGGAUGGGAGGAUCGUUUAUGAUAUUUUAUGAUAGCAUGAUUUGAUGAACGAAGCAAUGAAAUACUUGGCAGCUAAAGCGAUUUGAAAUGUUUCUAUCGGUCAUUGUGUGUAUAUAUUUAAAGAAACAAUCUGAUUUAUAAUAGAGGCCUGUUAGUCGACUUGGGACGUCGAACCAAACGUUUGCCAGAGAAAUUUGUUGGGCCAGCAUUUUCACAGAAGAGAAUGGAGUCGCUUCGAUGGCAUGCAUCACUUGUUGAGUUAUCAAAAUUCAAUGUCAAUCUUUACCAUACG